AGUGCAUCCUCACUGUGGCUCAAACUGUGAAAAAGAGUUGCAGUGCUGCACCGAUACAGCUUUUUCUCCUCCUUCACCUCCACUGGCUCUAAAAUCCACACUUUGUGGUCUUUUUUUCCCUCCUUUUUUCUUUAGAAUGCACUUUAAAUAUUAUUGGAGUUUCUCCUGCACACUGCAUUUAAAACUGUGGGCACUGACUUUGAAUCAGGCUGAAAUUCAAGAAGCUCCGUGAGGAAGAGAUGGAAAACCUGGAGGAAUGACAGCGUGGGAAAAUGUGCUACUUCAAAAGGACAGAUAACACCCAACAGGAGAGGAUCUGAAGAUGAUGGAGAGCUGUGGAGGAGACGCGUCAACGGGAUAGGAGGAGCGGGAGGCGGUGGGGGGCGGAGGGACACAGGAUGGCGUGAGGACAUAGGCUGGUGGUUGGUUUGAUCGGAGCCACGUGUGCGUCCGGCAACGUCUCUUCGCCGUUUCAUGGAUGUCGACGAGACGCUGGUUCGCCACGCUGCCCCGGUCUCCUCCGUCUUGGCCCAGGCUUCUUGGGAAAAGUUUAUUCAUGAAUCCUUGAAGAAAUCAAUCUGUUGUUCAUCUGCAUCCUCAAGCUUCGUUAAUGGGACUCAUUACUUCUGAUAUGAAUUGCUUUAAAUAAGCAGAUCUGUGCUUGAGCAAAGAAGCUCUAGAUAAAGACGAGCACAGACCAGAUCUCCUGGCGAUGCCAUCAGCCUGCUGUACGAUGUGUUUAAAACUGUGGCUGAGCAACGGGAGCUUGGACGACGUUGGCAACACUGAGCAGCCAUGAUCUCCGCAAUUCCACCAUCUGAUCGGUCAGCCAUGAGGGCAACUCUGAGCUGAUAGUAUGUUGUCAGCAGCACUGUGGCCCAACUUCCUGCUUCACCCUCAAUAAAACCAACCUGGACAAUUCAGUCGACGUUUUGAAAAUGGCAGCGGAGAGUUUCCAGCUGGGGACAGACGACGAGCACCAGGCUGCGUCAUCGCUAGCAUCCCUCCAUCUCAGGGACGGCAUUGGGAUCGGGAACACUGGCCACAUGAAGGACAAUCCAGAGCCCGAUGCUGCCCUUCCUGCGAUUACAUCACCACCUCCUGACCAAUCACAGCAGCGAGCAGAGAUCGCUCCACCAGCAGAUCAAGAGUUCCUGGAAACAGAAAAGGACCAAAACGACAGCAAGGAGAAAGCUUGCAUUCGGACACCGGUUCCUCAGCAGCUCUCCUCCCAUUUUGCUCAAGAUCAUGUGAAUCCUGACCUGAAACCAACGAACAUGAGCAAAGAAGGAGAUAUUCCAGCAGAGAACAACGUAAAUAAAGCAAUGGCAGCCUCUGACAGAAGCACUGAUGAUCAGCAGCUGUCUGAUGCAGAAUGGUACUGGGGCAACAUUUCAAGAGAGGAGGUAAAUGAGAUGAUGAGAAACACUCCUGAUGGUACAUUUCUGGUACGAAAUGCUUCCAGCGGGACUAAAGGGGAAUACACGCUGACUCUGCGAAAAGAUGGGUACAACCGACUAAUAAAAAUCUUCCAUCAAGGGGGGAAGUGCGGCUUUUCUGAGCCACUGACUUUUCCCUCACUGGUUGACCUGAUCCAGUUCUACCAGAAGAAACCACUAGCCCAGUACAACUCUAAGCUGGAUAUCAAGUUACUUUACCCGGUUUCCAGAUACUAUCAACACCAUGUGAUGGAGAUAGAUAUUGCAGCAAUCGGAGAACAGCUGAGGAUAUUUCAGGAUCAAUACAAGGAGAAAAGUCAAGAGUAUGACCAUCUAUUUAAGGAGCUGAACCAAACCUCACAGGAGCUCCAGAGCAAGCGAACGGCCAUUGAGGCUUUCAGUGAAAUUAUUCGGAUCUUUGAGGAGGAGUGUGAAACCCAGGAGCGCUACAGCAAGGAAUACAUCGACAUGUUCCUCACAUUAGACAGCAGCACAAAAAAUGACAACAGAAUUCAAAACAACUCUGAUGAACUGCAGUCCAGGGUGGAGGAGAUCCACAACAGCAAGAAGAUGUUGGAGGAAGAACUGAGGACAAAAGCACUGGCUCACUUGGAGGUCGACAGGAAAAUUACUAGACUGAAGCCUGAUCUUGUACAGCUCAGAAAAAUCAGAGAUCAAUACCUUCUAUGGCUGACCCAGCAAGGCAUGAGACAGAGUCAAAUUAACAACUGGUUGGGUGUUAGAGCUGAUGAAGAGGACCCUUACACCCUUGAAGACGACACCCAUGAGGAGGAGAGGAGUUGGUAUGUUGGAGGUAUGAGACGAAGAGAGGCGGAGGAGCUGCUGAAAGGAAGGCGGGAUGGGACAUUCUUGAUCAGGGACAGCCAGACUCAGAGGGGAUCCUUUGCUUGCUCUGUUGUCGUGGACGGAGACGUCAAACACUGUGUGAUCUACAGGACGUCUACAGGUUACGGCUUCGCCGAGCCCUACAACUUGUACUCGUCACUGAGGGAGCUUGUCCUCCACUACCGCCACACAUCACUGAUCCAACACAACCAGCAGCUGAAUGUAACCCUGGCCUGGCCCGCUUUCAGUCAGCAGUCCAGCUGAGACGCACCAGCACGCUGUCCUGAUUCCCAAAGUUUCACAGCAUUAGCACAGAGGACUCACCCAUAUGGAGACACAGAUGAAAACAAAGAUCAUGUUAGUGAUUCACAGCCAGAAUAACUAACUGGUAUGUUUUCACAUAAAAUACUAGAAUGAGCAGCAUUCAGCUCAUAAUACAGAUUUGAAGCAACUUCAGCUUUGAUUAUGUCAGACUGUCUGCAGCCCUAAAACUCACACGCUAGUACACUUUAAGAUGUUCAGUUCAAGCGAUCCAGAGCAGAUCUAAUAAAAAUGACACCAGUUUAUCAUGUUGCUAUAAAAUCCAACCUUAGCUGUUCCAAUUAAUUUUUUCGAUUGAUCGUAUUUGUUGUCUAAACCACUUUUUAUUCACACAUAAACUCAUCCAACAAUAAUGCAUACAUUUGUAAAAUUUAGAGGAACAAAACCGUAUUAAUAAAACCAUUUUUGCUGAAACAGUUGAAGCAGAUGGUUGUACAGUCAUGGGGAAAAAAAUGCAGCCUUGCUGCUAAUCAAAGGCACAUGAUUAAUUGCUUCUCACAUCAGCAAGUGUAACGAUCACAGAGAUGGCAGAACAGGGAUGGGUUGGAAUAAACUGGGGUGUUUUAACACAAUGCCAAUGUUGAAAGACAUCAUGACCUUCGAGAAGCAAUUUUUUAGGUUUCCAUCAAACUUGGAAAAAGUUUGAACAAUUAGAAAAGACUAGACAAGUAUGGAGGAUAAAUUCUUGAUGCAUGAAAAGAAUAUUGCUUAAUUAGGGCUUGCAAAGUUGCAUGUGGAUGAACUACAAGGACUUAAGGAACAAUCAAUGUUGUUUGGUCAGAUGGGACCAAAUUGGAGAAGUUUCAAUUUGAUGCACAGACAUCCUAAUCUCAACUGUGAUGCAUGGCGAUAGACAGAGAUGAUUCUGGUUUUUUUUCCCUAGUUAUAGACUCAUUUAUUUGACCCUAAUAUUUGUAUGUUAGAGUAAACCACAAACCAAAUUUCUACCAUAGCAAAUUUCACACCUGAUAGUCCAGUGGACCCGAUUUGAUUGGGAACCAAAUUUGCUUUCACCCUGAAGGUGUCAAGCAACCCAAAGCAGUUGAAAAACUCGUUCCCCCCUUCACCUGUGGUGGCACCAAGAACCACUGAAGGAAACAACACAAAAACCUUUGAAGAAGACACUGAGCGAAACGUCCUUCUUCACGAAAGGUAAACAGAAAUGGAGUAGCAUUUUAGCUGUUGUAGGAUUUCUCUUUUGUCUUUGGUAAAAGAUUGUGAGCUUUGUCUCCUGCAAGUGCUAGAAACGUGAAUUUGUUUUUGGUUGUACCCAGAAUGCCCUACGCUGUAGUAGGUUUCUUGAUUUUGGAGCGGCAAGCGGUUUGCUUGGCAUUCACACUUUCACUGAAACUGCAUCAGAAUUCACUUCAAUGUAACAGAGACUUUGACAUUUUGGUCCCCAUCAGAGGUUGAUUGAACAGUCACACCUCCCCAAACAAACUCAAGUUUGAUUAAAGUGACUAACAAGCCUGGUGUGAAAGGUGUUGAAAAAUUCAAUCUAGACAAUUACUUUACAUUGUUGGCUGCUAUUGAAUUAUGGCGUGUCUUCUGAUUGUUCUUUCCUGUGACUGUAGGUCGGCUGCCUGUUUUUGCUCUUCAUUGAUAGAUUUGAUCUUCUGUCUGAGUAACAUGAAGUGGAGUAGUUCACUUAUAGAAAUACUGAUUUUUUUCCAAACAAUUUCAUCCCAAAGACUUACAGGGAUGCUAAAUGCUAAUAUUUCCAGAAAAAAUUACUCUAUCCUGAGGAUCAUAUUAAUUUCAAAACUAUGGUACUCAAAGGUUAAUCCCCACACGUUUAAUCUCUCUGUAGAAAGACAUGUCUUCCAUGCAAUCAAACACGUUUAUUCAGGGACAAAGGAGUGUUAAAGGUGCUCCAAGGGAAACUAAGCUCAGGAAGGGACUCUGCAAACAUGAAGGGUACUGCAGGGACUGGGGAGACACUCAAGCACUUUAUCCAGAAAAAAAACAACAAAAAGGAAUAGGUUCUCCAAGACGGCUCCUUUUUGCUGCUCUUGGCUAGCGAAACAUCUUGCUUUAUUCAACAUAAAUUACAUUUUUCCAUUUCAUAAUAUGUCUCAUUUGACAGUAGAUUAUGAGAGACAAAGGCCGAACAACAAUCUAUUGUUUAAAUAAAACGAGUAAUCACUCUGGUGUAGAUUAAUACUCUUAACUUUUUAUUUUAUUUUCCACGGAUUUGAACAAAAGAUUUUCUGUUAAGUUUGUUGAUUAUAUUAUGGAUGACAUUACAAAAGGCUAAAACAGCUGGUUUACAAAUCUAAAUAAUAGUUGAAAGGUGCCUUUAAGAGUUUUACGCCAGCUACAAUAUUCACCUUACAACAGACAACGGUUGAUGAAAUCAGUAGGUUUUGUCUGGUUGGAUAUGAUUUCAUAAACAUCCAUGACGAUCAAUCAGAAGAAGGCUUUGGCUCCAAUUUAGCAGUACAAUUUUUAGGACAACCCAUAGCACAGACCCAUUAACAUAAACGUCAGAGAAACUGCACAGAAAGGGUAUCACUGACGUUUUAGGUUAAAACUAAUUUAGCACAUAAAUAAAAUGUGGAGAUGAUCCACAUAGCACUACUAACAUCUAUGUAGUUUUAGGGAAACCUAAAACUACAUAGUGACUUCCAUAUUCACUACUGAAAUUGCAAUGCAGGGUUUCCCCCAGUGUAUUGUAAGCGUGGCGGCCCACCAGGAUUUACAUGUGUACCCACCAGACUUAGCAUUGCUUAUUUAUUCAAGUCUUUUUAAAAUGUUUGCAUUUUUUAAGACUUUAUAGUUGGUGUUCAGGUUUUUCACAUUUCUUGUCAACCUUAAAAUAUUUUUAGCUCAAAAACACAGGGCUUAGCAAGUUUUCUGGGGGAAAUCUUGCAAUGUAAGUUUCUAAUAGUCCACCAACUGAAUUUCAGUUUAAAUUUUGCUGUGUUUACAUUUCUUAAAGUAACGUUUCCAAUAAAUAUAAACACCUUUAAACCAUGUUCACACAAUAAUCAAAUCAGAUCUUUUUGCCCAUUUGCGACUUACAUCUGACUUUCAUUGCGGUCUGAUCAGCCCAAUUCCGAUCUUUCACCACCGCCCCCAGAUGGAAAAAAUAAAAAAUAAAAUCUAGUUUGUGCCACUUCCCUAUUUGGUACUAAUUGGAAUCCUUCUCCACUGUUUUCAAUUGCAGUCUGAACGGUCAUGUGACAUUUCAUCCAACUUUCAUGUUACUGAUACGUAUGAGACAUGUAUCAGUUAUGGUAAAUAAAAACAUAAACAAUGACUGAAAAUUAUGAAAGAAGUUAAGUUGACAAACUCAGAUCAGAAGAGAUGACCCGCUAAACACUUUACUGAGCGGAGAAGAAACCAUCCAGUCACAAACAGAGGGCACCUGUUUUAAGUCAAUUAUUCAGUGUCACAUUAUUGGUGCUCCUGUUAGAAAUGCACUUUUAUUGCAGUAGCAUAAUCUCAAGCUAUUUCAUGGUCUCAGUGUCACUGUGUGAUUGUCUUUCUCCAGCCCUGUUUGUCACAAUUCCAGUUUAGAGAUCAGUAAUUUGUGUGGCUGAUCUCCAAUACCUGCUUUUUGUGAAGAUCAACACAUAUCUGCUUUACUUGAAUUGCAUGAAUAAUCAUGGGCUUGUGUUUGAAUUAUAAUCUUAGGAAUAAUGACAUUGCGAAAUAUUCAAACUCAGAGAGGCUCUGAGGAAAUUUAAAGGUUUGAAGCAUAAUAUAAACAAACCAAUCUAACGAUGGUUUGUUUAUAUUUAUUUCGAAGGAGUUUUAUAUGUACUAGUAAGUGUGGAAACGGUGACUUUAUGAAGAACAAACAUAUUUUAUAACAAUAUUAUUCCUCCCACUCAAAAGAAUAAUUCUCACAUUUUCAGUGUGAACUUAUAGCAUUUAAAUAAAAGUUAAAUUUUAUGUAAGGAUUUUUAUUUUUGUAUUAUUAGAGGUCAUCAGUCUUUUCCUUAGCUACAUAUGUAGAACUCUAUUAAAUUGUUUACAUCCUAAUAUGUUAAAUAGUGAAAGAUGCAUCCAUUAUGGCUCUGCAUACAUACAAAAGUUAAUGAUAAUCCAGAAGUACUGUGAUGUGAUCCAUAGAACGAAGCAAGUAUUACCUCUAAAAGCUUUAAAAUAGUUACUACCUCAGUUUGAGGUAAAACUCAAAAAAAAGAUAAAACACUGUGUCUAAGUUAGGAGAUUCUUAGUUCAACAUUUCCAAGCUUGUUUUCUUUUAUAAUUAUUGGCAUUUCAAUAUAAAUUGUUUACAUUUUAAAGCUAUCCAGGAAUAGUCAAUUCUGGGGGAAACUGGUCUUCCACCCAGGAACUUUGGACUGAGAGUGGUGAUGAUGUAUUGUUUGAAAAAAAAAUAAAAAUAAAAACAAUGACCAGUAUUGCACAUUAAAGAUAUUAAUAUUUAGGCGCACAUAAUAUUUGUAAAAGGCUAAUAAAUAAUUCUUAUCUAUUAUGAUGGGUCACUUUUAAUGCAUUUCUCUCUUAACGGUCCACCAUGUGCUUGAUUGUCAGUACGUCACUUGAUGUUGUCAGUUCUGUUAGACUGUUACCUGCCGUGAAGUGAGUUGGACAGAUUUUAGCUUUUCUGGUCAUUAAUAAAGAAAAGAAGAAAAAAAAAGAAAUUAUAAGUUGCAUGAUCUUGUUACAAUGCAUUUAAUAUGUUAGGCUGGGUACUGUUUUACUUCUACAAUUUUACCACCAGCUAGGUAAGACAUUUUCUUUGCUUUUUACCUCAAAAUUAUGUAAAAUGUUUUCCUUUAUUUGUGCGAUUUGUGAUUGCCAUGAUUUGUUGUAGUUUUUCCAUUUUAAACAACACAAUAUAGAGUAGCUCGCUCACGUUUAACGUUAAGUGUGCCUGCUACCACAUCAGUUCGUUAGUGUUGCACAGUAUUAAAAUGUGAAGUCUUGCAAUGCACAGGUUUUGAGCAAACCACCACAACAGAGUGAGACGAAAACUUGUAUGAAAGUAAAAAAAAAAAAGAAGAUGUCUGCCCUUUCUAAGUCAUGUUGUGUAUUUUAUACUUUAGGCAGAUUAAACAAGCCGAGCGAUAGAUUAUCUCUGCAGCUUUAAACAUAAAUGUUUAAGUUAUUUAUUUACAGAAAGGCUGAAUAUCUGUUGAUUUUGUUGCACAAGUACAAAAACAUUUAAUGAAUUAAUAUACGGGUUGUAUGUGGACAGAAGCAGGCAUGACCACCGCUCUGUGGGGUUUGAAUAAAGCAUAGCAUUUGCACAGAAGUAUCUUUAAGUAGUUACAGAUACUUUAACUUUCCUCAUGUACACCAACCCUGUUUCAGAGACAGGUAGACUCGUCAUAGUUGUAUAUAUCUAUGGGAAAAAAGUUGCAAAUGAGAUUAAUGUGUAGUAGCACCAUAAAAAAGUAAGUAGCAUCUAUAUCUAGAUGACUACUGAAAUAUAAUUGAUAUUUUCUGUAAAGUUGGAGAGUUUUGUGCACAAAUUGGUAUUUUUCUGUGUCAUUGUUGCUUUCUGUAUAUGUAAUGUUUUAUCACUGUGCAAACAGAAUAUUUAAAAAAAAAAAAAGAAUAUUUUGAAAAGAGAAAAGAUGCAGGGAGAAAUUAAGCACCAAUUUAUAUUUCAUGGUACCAAACAUCUUUUUAACCAAUUGGAUGUUACAGCUGUUGUGGCAGAUGUGCAGCAACAAAAAUAAAGCUGAACUUAUUGGGAUGUUUAUUUAUUUAUUUAUUUUCUAAACUUCUGCUAUUCAGUUUGGCAAUCAUCUAAAGUCUACUUCUUGUAAUUAGUAGUUUUUGUUUUUGUUCCUGAGUGACUGAAUUCAAUGGUGCAAGAUGUUAAGGACUUGUGGCAUGGAAGAAUAAAUCCAUUAGCUGCAAUAAAAUUUAGAAAACAGUUGGUUUUCUCUGCAGUUAGGUCAAUAUUUUUGUUUAAAGGAUGCCUUGAGAGGCUUGUUAUUACAGAACAGAGAGACAGAAUGCUGUAAGUGGAACAGUAAGUGUUUUUAUUGUGGUUGUUUCCAUGCAGCUAAUGCAAAUUUGAAUAUCUUAACACUUCCGAUGAAGUUAUUUUUGCAGUGUAUGGAAAACAGAAUGGCUUUAGCAGAUAAAAAGAUGUUGAUAUAAAGUAGAAGAAUGGAAUAUGUUUGUAACUUAGAGACAACUAAAAUUUUUCUGAUUUCAAUUUCUAACUUGUGAAAAUAAUAUGUCAAAUUACAAUAACUUCAAAUAGUUACUUUCAGUACUUAGUCAUUGUAAACUUGAAAUAAACAAAUUUCAAGUGUUUAUUUCUGUUCAUUUGGAUUCUUAAGGUUCACAGCAAAUUUCAAUUACACUACAAAAAAAAUGUGAAACAAUAUAAUCGAACACAAAAAUGUUAGUCUUUUGAAAAGCAUGUCCAUGUCCUGCUGUUUUUAGACCUACCACAUUUUUCCUUUCUCUCAAAUUUACUGACUUGACAUUUGGAGGGAAAUUCUCAAAAGGUCAAGAUUACUCACAGCACUCUAUAUGGCACAAUAAAUGGAAAAUUGAGUGGAAGGAAAAAGUCGGAGGAGAAACAGGGAUAUCGGUGGCUGCGCAGAACUUCCUUUACAAAAUCUUGGAAGAAUUUGAAUCAAUUAAAUUUUUUUGUUUCUUGGUUGCUAAGCAGAAAUGUCACGUUAGUCAAAGGUCAGAGAUCAAAUCUUAUCCAGAGUUACAGGCAAGUGUUGGAUGGUAAGCGUUUGGGUGGGAUUAAAUAUAGAAAUUAAUUUUGAGAAUAAAAUUAAUCGGAAGACUCAUCUUUCGUGUCUUAAUAAUUUUUUUGGCUUUGGAUUCAAAAUUUUCUUCCAUGCCAUGAUGAGAUGUUUUCUUGUAUUUGUGUCCCCCGCCCCUUUUAAUGGUGUUAUUUUAAUUUGAUGAAAAUGUCAUUAGCUUAGCAAAAUGUUCAUUAUCUAGGAUCUCUGAUCGGUGUUUAUGGUUUAAUCGCCUUUUUAGUUUCUGAAUCAUAUUAAAAUACUGUCAGGAUGA